GCUAAGAAACGUAUUUCCGAUGAAGAUAUUCGACAUCGCUAAGUACGACACAAAUUUCACGUAUCUCUUCGACAUUUUACCAGGAUGGGUCGGUAUCUUGUGCGACCGUCCGUGCGAUGACAAGUUCUAUGGCAAGGAUUGCAAAAGCAAAUGCAACUGCUAUAAUAAUGCAGCCUGCCACCCGCAAAAUGGCACGUGCACGUGUGCGGCUGGCUUCACCGGUACACUAUGUCAGGAUCGUUGUAGAAAGGGCUUCUAUGGAAACGGAUGUAAUCAGAGAUGCGACUGUGUCGAGAAGAACACCGUGGACUGUGAUUCCGCUACCGGGUAUUGCAACUGCAAGCCGGAAUGGCGAGGAAUACGAUGCGAAACAAAGUGUCCGGAAGGUCUUUACGGCAAGGAUUGUCAUUUACAUUGCGAAUGCAUGCACAACAGUUCGUGUGAUUCCACGACCGGAAGUUGCGUCUGCGCCAAGGGCUGGGAGGGCCCUGAUUGCUCGCAACCCUGCAAGGAAGGAUGGUACGGGCUGGGAUGCAGAGAAAAGUGCCCGGAGAAAAUGAACGAAAAUAUGACUUGCAAUCACGUUACCGGCGAGUACGUUUGCCGUACGGGAUACCUGGGUCUCACCUGCGAACAUCCGUGUCCGCUCAAUCGUUAUGGGCUAAAUUGUUCGAAUCAUUGUCACUGUAAGAACGGCGGGGAAUGUCAUCACGUAACAGGUGUAUGCCAAUGUCGACCUGGUUGGCAAGGCGAGUACUGUCAAACACCCUGCGCGGAGGGCACUUACGGCGUUAAUUGUACACAGCAUUGCAAGUGUCAGAACGACGGUAAAUGCAGGCUUAAGGAUGGCCAUUGUCAAUGUCCGCCGGGAUGGACCGGGACCAUGUGUACCGAAAUUUGUCCCGAGGGGUACUACGGUCACCAUUGUUUGGAGAUUUGCGAAUGUAAAAACGAAUUCUUCAGGUGCCAUUCAGUCGAGGGUUGUAUUUGCAGGCAAGGGUAUACAGGUGAGAAUUGCGACGAACAACUGUUCUCCCGUAAUAUCCAAGAGAAAGAUGACGGAAGAUAUAAGUAUAUUGGAGGCGUACUUGCGAUUAUUGUUAUAAUUGGCGCUUUGUUAGCUGCAUGGAGGUAUCGUCGUCGUAGAAUGGCUGUCAAGAACGAGAUGGCUCAAGUGCGAUACACGGCUAAGUCUGAGAAGGAUAAAUUCGACAUAAGUAGCUGUACCGACGAAGACGAUUCAAAAGGAACGUUCGGUCAGCGAUACUACCUGCAGAAGAAGGACGACCAUGUAAGAAAUCCAAACUCGAAUGUGUAUCACAACAUGAUAAGCGGCAUGAACGACAAAAGAGUCGAGCACAUCUAUGACAAGGUUAAGCAGCCGUCGCUAAUGGCUGGAUGAUAAGACAAUAUUCCGAGUCAGACGCCAAUUUUUUUUGGAUAAAGUAUUCUAGCUGUUAUUUUAAUAGGCAUAAUAUAAUAAAA